GUCCCGGUGGCCCUACCUAUGUCUGCCGAUCCUGUUAGCCGCUUCGGUCUGUGGGAGCGACAUCCUGAUGAUCACGCUGGGCGGCACCAAGUCACAUAAGAUGCCGUUCUGGGAGCUAGCUAGGGGUAUGAUUAGGAGAGGGCACAACAUCACAUUCUUCAGCGCUUUCCCCCCGGACUUCCACAUUGAGGGUCUGGAGGAGAUCGCGCCUGAAGGCCUGGUGUCCUACGUCCGGGAAUACAUGUCCUGGGACCUGGUGGGCGCCAGGAUGCGGGGGGAGGAACCCCUCCCCAUCAAAGACAUGCUCAGAUAUGGAUACGAGGUGUGUGACGCGUUCUACAGUGACGUCGAGACAUGGUCCUUCUUCAGAUCAGGAAGGAGUUACGAUCUCAUCAUCCUAGAUGGCGCUUACCCAGAAUGUGCCAUGGGUGUGGUCCACCGCCUGAAGCUGCCCUUCAUCUUCAUCAACACUGUCGGCUUCUAUGCCAGCGCCUUCAGCAACUCUGGAAGUCCUACUCCCUUCUCUGUCACCCCUUUCUUCGGCAAAGGGUUUACGGACAACAUGAGUUUUUUUGACAGAACUAUCAAUGCUGGUUGGUUGACAGCCGCUAACAUUGCUCACGGGUUCACCAUGAUGGUUCUCCAAGGAGUUUUGAGGAAGCACUUCGGGCCGCAGAUUCCUCAUGUCUAUGAUAUGACGAAGAAUGUCAGCUUUAUUCUCCAGAAUGGACAUUAUACUGUGUCUUAUCCGAGGCCGUACCUACCCAAUGUGGCUGAAGUGGCCUGCAUACAUUGUAAAGAAGCAAAGCGGUUGAGCCCAGACAUAGAAGAAUGGAUCUCCGGAGCAGGCGACGCAGGCUUCGUCUACGUGUCCAUGGGGUCUUCAGUGCGCACUUCGAACAUGCCUCUAUCAGCACACAGACUCUUCGUGGAGGCCCUAGGGAGACUCCCACACAGGGUCCUCUGGAAGCAGGACGCUGUUGAGAACAUGACUGAUGUACCUUCUAACGUCAGGCUUUACAAAUGGCUGCCGCAGCAGGAUCUGCUAGGGCACCCAAAAAUCAAGGCGUUCAUCACCCACGGUGGCCUGCUCAGCAUGUUCGAGACGGUCUACCACGGCGUCCCCAUCGUCAGCAUCCCGGUGUUUUGUGAUCACGAUGCCAACGCCGCCAAAGCAGAAGUCGACGGAUACGCCAAGAAGUUGGAACUCCAGCACCUCACCUCUGACAAACUCUACAGAGCUAUAAUAGAAGUCAUCAACGAGCCAAAAUAUAAAACAGAAGUCAAAAAGAGGCAGAUACUUCUUAGAGACCAAAAAGAAACACCGCUAGAAAGAGCCAUCUAUUGGACGGAAUACGUAAUCAGGCACAAAGGUGCAUACCACUUGCAGUCGCCAGCGAAAGACCUCAACUUCAUCCAGUACUACUUAAUCGAUGUUACCCUUUUCGUGAUUUUUGUUUUAUUCUCAAUAUUUGCAAUUUUUUCAUACACAAUGAGGUUAGCGUUCACAAAGUUAGCCAACUACGUUCAGAACAGGAACGUUUUGUUGGACAAAUCGAACCAUUUGUUAAACCGCUCCAAGAUGUUAAUAGACCACACGGUCAUGUCAAAGAAGAAACUGUAAAGUUACCAAAACUAAUUAUAGUACUAAAAGUUACCAUUUUAGUUAC